AUGAAGAGGCGAAGAGAAAUGGAGAGUGGUUCAGAGAUAAGGUCUGCCAUUGAAGAGCUAUCCAUGGUGGUGGUCAAAGUUAUACCUGGUGGCGAUGAUCAGAGUGUUGCCCAUAUCCCCGCCAAGCCUUUUCUAUCGCUCUGCGACUUGAUCAUUCAAGUUCUUGAUAAGAUAGGGCCAACACUGACUGUGCUGAGACAAGACAUACAUCAAAACAUACAGAGAUUGGAAAAGUUUCAAGAAUCUGAUCCUGCACUAUACUCAAAUAUGGUUGAGAUUUUGAAGAAAGAGACCAGUGAAGGUAAUGCAAGAAAAAGAACCAGCUGUAGUAGUGCCAUUGUUUGGCUUACAAGAUCCAUGGACUUCACAGUAGCUUUGUUGCAAUUAUUAGUGAAGGAUUUUGACCUAAAUAUGGAACAAGCAGUGCAAGAGUCAUACAACAUCACUCUAAAACCAUGGCAUGGAUGGAUUUGUUCCACUGCUUACAGAGUAGCACUUAAACUAUUGCCUGAUAACAAAACUUUAGUUUCCACCCUCAUGGCCAAAGAUGAAGACUAUGAAAAACUCAAAGGGGAAAUGCAAGCACUGAUUUCAUUAAUUGUACCUCUCCUAGAAGAUAUCCACUCUAUUCUGAGAACAUAUGGCUUGGAUAGGUUGAAGUCUAUUUGA